AUGUCAACGCCGUCGCAACCAAACUACUCCAUUCACUCCAUCAUUGCCGCAUACGGCAUCGGCCUGAUCCCUCAUGGCUACUACUUUGUCACCAUGAUGGCCAAUGCACGGAGUCAAGCUAGCAAUCUUCUCCCUCGAGAGAACCUGUCUACCCUCAAGUCCAGCCUCCCCUCGCAGAUCUGGACAAAGCUCGCCAAAGCCCGCGGCGCACAUCUCAAUGCCAUGGAGAAUCUGCCGCUGUUUGCUGUCGCUAUGCUGGCAGGAAACGUCGCCCAACUCCCCGCAGACGAGCUCAACACGCUGUCGCUCGAGUACCUGGGUGCGCGGAUCCUGUAUAUGGCUGCGUAUAUGGGAGCAAGGUCGGAAGCCAUUAGUUAUGUGCGGACGGGGCUGUGGGCGUGGAGUGUCUCGAUCCCGAUUAUGGCGCUGGUCAAGGCCGGGAAGGCCUUUGAUGGGACUGCGUAG